AUGGUGGGAGAGGAGGCCGGGAGGAGGGGGAUUCCCUCUCUGCUCUAUCCAUCAUCGUACGCUUGCAGCGAAGGGCAGCAGGAGUACAUCGUCUCUGAUGUCACGCAGCUCAUUGGGUGGACACCUCUGAUCGAGCUCAAGCGAAUCGGCGGCAAGGAUGGGGUAGAUGCCCGGAUCAUCGGCAAGGCCGAGGCCUACCAGCCUCUCUGCUCCGUCAAGGAUCGCUGCGCUUUGAGAAUGAUUGAAGAUGCAGAGGAGAGGGGGUUGAUUUCACCUGGUGUCACAACACUCGUGGAGCCGACAGGCGGUAACAUGGGGUUGGGAUUAGUCCUCAUUGCUAUUCGCAAGGGUUACAGGUUCGUUGCAGUUAUGCCAGGUCAAUACUCGCUCGAUAAGCAGAUCCUGUUGAGAUACAUGGGUGCAGAGCUGUAUUUAACAGGUGGUGAACCCGGCAAACACAAAAUUCAGGGAAUAGGACCAGGAUUUGUACCUGAAGUACUGGACAGAUCAGUUAUUGAUGAGGUUGUCACAGUGACAACUGAGGAGGCGAUGGUGAACGCGAGGAGGUUGGCCAGGGAAGAGGGCCUUCUUGUGGGCAUAUCAUCUGGAGCGAACUUGGCAGCUUGCUUGAAGGUUGCAGAGAGAGAAGAAAAUAAGGGAAAGAUGAUUGUCACCAUGUUUCCAACCGGCGGCGAGAGAUACAUGAACUCUGACCUGUUUGCUGCUGUUAGAGAGGAGUGUAUUGCCAUGACAUUUUGA